GUUCUAUUUCAAGUACUCUAUUUAACUGGUGUUUGAUUUCAUUAAGAUUUCUUAGACUCAAUAAAACAUUGCAAUAUAAGUUGACUCCUGCAAUUAUAGUGAUAUUAUGCUUUCACUAAAUUAGUGAAGAGUUUUUAAAAAUUUCAUUGAAAGGUAUCUUCGCGCAGACUGAGCUAGAAAACAUUCAAAACCUAGUAAUAGCUUGAGGAUUUGUCUGUUUUUAGUGUAGAGAUAAUACUAUAUUAUGAAUUUCCGAGAAGAAUAAUGGAAGUCAUUAAUGAAAAUAUUACGGUACUCCGAGAUUGAGUUGGGAAGAACAGUAGAAACAUUAAUAAAGUAGCUGGGUAAACUACUGAGGCUGUUUGAUAUUAUGCCCUUUGUGACUAAGGAAACAACAGAGAUCACUCAUAUUUUGUAAUCCUAAUAUUUUACUGCAAAUUUCAGAUGUCCAUACGUAAAAUAAACAGGUACAUAGACAUGAAUUCGUGGAGGGGGGAAAGGAAGGGAGAGUAAAAUGAUGAGGGAUUCACUUCAAUUUCGUCUCGCUUACCUCCUCCUUAAAGGAAACUUCCAAUUGAGUGCCAUUUUCCUUUUUUUCCAGUAUUUUUAUCAAUAAAAAUGUUGUAAGCUACAUUAUACUUAGGUUCCACGUUAGUUGUGGUACUAUGUUCUUGUGUAUCUCUUUUUUUUCCAGGGCAGGAAUCAUGUAAGGAAACCAGCAAUAUGUGGUAUGAUAUACAGAAUAUGCGGAUGUGGGUAUACGAGUGUAUAUCUGCGUUCUUACUUAUAAAAACAAGUAAAACCUACUACUAAACCUUAAAUUACUCUGUAAAGUAGCUGAAGUAUUCUCAAUAGUUUUUUUUUUAACUUAUUAACCUUACCGAACGCUUUUGUUACAUUCAAUAUCAAUAUAUAUAAGGAAAAGAAGUCUAAACAAUCCAAUAGUAAAGUCUAUACAAGUUUUUUCGAGACUAAAAAACGAGGUAGCCCAUAGAAGAGGUAAAUAUGCACACAAAAAAUUCAAUUCACCAGCAUUCAGUUGCCGGCUCAUCCAAACCACUCACAGUUGACAAGGAUAAGUAUGAACUUGUGCAUGCUUUGGUCUCCUCCGCUGGUAUGCCACAUCAUAAUAGGCUUUCCUCUAUUUAUGAACUUCUGUGUAGUGUGGUGCACUCUGCUCGGACAGUUGUUAAGGGAACAGAUUCUCAGAGACGGUUUAGUGCUUGUUUUUCAGAGCUGUGCCGCGGUGCCUUAAUGGGGUUAGCGGAUCUGGAGGAUUCUGUUUUUGAAUUGAGAAACCCCGGAAGAACCGCGUCGGAUGCGAUAGAUGAUGAGAUCAUGGGCAUCAACGAAGUUGUUCUUAUUAAGGAACUGUCUGCAUAUGUGGCAUCUCACACCCCCGGGUUAACGGCUCAAUAUCUCGAACAUGUUGGCUUAAGUGUUCUCAGCAAGUUUGGGAAUGCGCGUAGCCGGAAGGGUUCAGCCUCAGCCUCAUGUGGAAUGUCAGAUAGCAAUGUCAAUCGUAAGAAACGCACCCGAAGUACUGGAGAGGUCACAUUGGAUGCUAACAGGAAGCGAUCUACGCAGACUAACCAAGGGAUAGCCCCUUACAAUGUAUCUGUGGGGGCUUUAGAUCCAUUUAGCGCUCACCAUGCCAUUCACACUGCGUUUGAUGACUUGGGUCCGAUGGAAAACGACGAGGCUAUGAUGCGGUCGGCGACGACAGCAGCGGCUUCAAAUCCUAGCGCUCCGUCUGGCUCAACUUUUCAUCCAAAGACAACGGGCGCAACCUUAGGGUUAUCCCAUUCCUCUACCGUUGCAUCCUGCAAGCCUCUUUGCGCCUCUUCAAAGGAUAUAUUCAUUCUGUCAAGUGAUGGUACAAAAGCAUUUGAUCUGAGUGCCAGCCAACCUAAUCUACGAGCCAUCCCGGAGCUAUGCUACUAUUUUCUCCCGUGGACAAUGCCUGCGCCCAAAAGCGUUUUGGAUCGGGUCACAUUAGAAAAGGAAAGACAUACUUCAUCAGGGGGCUCUUUUCCAGCCUCAGGAGUUGCCGCAGACAAUUCCCACGAGGAUCCACCACACCAUCAGGGUCUAAUACCGAUCUUUGAGGUGUGCUUUGCUGCAACACCUGCGGAGCUGCUUAGUCAAUGGGAAGGCCGAGACGCGGCUCUGUCGUCCAUGGCCUUUGGCAUGCCGUGGGGCGGUGGCGAUGACCAUCAAGAAUGUUGCCGACGUAAAAAGUUAGUUCCUUUGUUAACAGUGGAUUCGAAAUCUUCCAACGAUCAUACCUCACGUUUUGAGAUGAGCGACGAAAUAGAGAAGGAGGGUGAUGUAGUCAGGAGGAGUGGUAAAGAGGAACAUACCAAAGGGGAAGGUUUCACCGAGAAACCCUUCUUUCCCUUCUCUGCGUGCACAUGUAAUGCAGUGCCGGUGACUGUUUUGAAGGACUUGGUAUUUAAUGGUGUAUCGAGCAUCGAUUUUAUUCAUUAUCCUUGA